AUGAUCCCAAGUAUAUAUGUCGAAAAUAUUACUAAGCACGUAGCCCAUUUCAGUCCGUUACAGCAUCAUUAUAAGAACUACCACCGGGGUUACGGUGUGACGUCUAAAAUUUGGGAUUACCCAUUUGGAACUGUAUUAGAUGUUACAGAUGCAAAUCAAGUUCACGCCAGAUAG